ACUCUCUCUUUGUGCGCCCUCCCGGUUCUACGUUCGCCAGACGCGAAGCAGAGCCGCAUCACCAUCAUCAUAAGCGCUCGCGCUCGCGCUGCCUCUGUGUCUCUGCGCCUGCAUUCGGGACCAGUGUGCCCUGCUAUCCCACCACCAUGAAUUCGGAUAUUAACAUGUACUUGGGGCGGGAGAAAUCGGGGAUCAUGCGAAAGAGAGCGCUGUUACUCAGGAAAGGCUGCAGUUUCGAAAUAACGAGCUCAGCGUCAGAGGAUCUUGGGUGCCGGAGAGGAGAGUUCAGCCGGAAACACUAUGGAUCAGUUGAAUUGCUCAUCUCCAGUGAUGCAGACGGGGCCAUACAGAGAGCUGGGCGAUUCAGAGUGGAGAACGGUUCAAUAGAUGAGGCCUCUGACUACACGCCUGGAACAUGGAGGCGAACUGACGUCCAUUUGGAGAACCCAGAGUAUCACACCAGAUGGUACUUCAAGUACUUCCUGGGAAAAGUUCAUCAAAACUACGUGGGGACAGAUGCAGAGAAGAAUCCCUUCUUCCUAUCUGUGGUUCUGUCAGACCAGAACAACCAGAGGGUCCCACAGUAUCGAGCCAUCCUGUGGCGCAAGACGGGAACUCUAAAAAUCAGCCUUCCAUACAGUCCGACAAAAACACUAUCAGUCAAAUCUAUAUUAAGUGCCAUGAACGUGGAUCGUUUUGAAAAGGGCCCAAGGGAAAUCCUUAACCCAGAGAUUCAGAAGGACUUACUGGUGCUGGAGGAGCAAGAGGGCAGUGUAAAUUUUAAAUUUGGUGUUCUUUAUGCCAAAGAUGGACAGUUGACGGAUGAUGAAAUGUUCAGCAAUGAAUCAGGAAGUGAGAAUUUUGAUAAAUUUCUGAAUCUCCUUGGUGACACGAUCUGUCUGCAGGGCUGGGCAGGGUAUCGAGGAGGACUGGACACUAAGAACGACACUACAGGAAUAAAUUCCAUCUACACAGUCUAUCAGGGUCAUGAGCUCAUGUUCCAUGUUUCCACCAUGUUACCUUAUUCGAAAGAGAACAAACAACAGGUCGAGAGGAAGAGACAUAUUGGGAACGACAUUGUGACCAUUGUGUUUCAGGAGGGAGAUGACGCCUCUCCGUCCUUCAAACCCUCUAUGAUUCGCUCCCAUUUCACACAUAUUUUUGCCUUAGUUCGAUAUAAUAGCCAGAAUGAUAGUUACAGGUUGAAGAUUUUCUCAGAGGAGAGUGUGCCCCUGUUCGGCCCACCGCUCCCUUCCCCUCCAGUGUUCACACACCACCAGGAGUUCAGGGACUUUUUACUAGUUAAAUUAAUAAAUGGAGAAAAAGCCACUCUUGAGACCCCCACUUUUGCUCAGAAACGUCAGCGCACGCUGGACAUGCUGAUCAGAUCCUUGAACCAGGAUCUAAUGCCUGACAUGCCCAAGGUUCCCUUCUCUCCGCAGAACAUGCUGAACCGACGCUCAUUCAGCGAUGUACUGCCAGAGUCGCCCAAAUCCGCCCGUAAAAAAGAAGAGGCACGCCAGGCUGAGUUUGUUCGAGUGGGACAGGCCUUGAAGCUGAAAACUAUAGUUCGAGGGGAUGCACCCACCAGUUUAGUCACCACUGGUCUUUGCAGAAAAGAGCCAUGGGAGUCACAGUCAUUCUGCAGUAGCUUCCCGUAUGAUAUAGUCUGUGGAGAUUCGUGGGGACAGUCAUUACUGGUGGCCACAGAUUCAGCAGGGGUCAUGCUGCUGGAGGCCUCAGAUCCACUAUUCUCCAAUGCAGAUUCACCAACCCUGCCUCCAGUGCAGGUAUUUGACAAAACCUUGACUGUCAAACAAAUGCACGUGCUUGAACCUCAGGACCUCCUCAUUGCAAGAGCAGAUAAGGGGAAAGAUGCUCGACUGUAUGUUUACAGACUGAGCACGCUCAAACGGGGGAUAGAGGAGCGACAGCUUGUCCGCACCAAGUGUGACAGUCGAGAGAACAAGCUUGAGAAAACCAAAGGCUGCCAUCUCUACUCCAUAAACACGCACCAUGGGGUGGAGCUCCGAAUCGUUGUGGCGAUAAGAAACAAGCUCCUCCUGAUCACCAGGAAACAGUCACGCCUGGAUUGCCUCAGCUCUUUCGCUACAGUCACAGGGACUACUGACUCACCUGUGGAAGAGUUCCAGUACAUACGGGAGAUCUGCUUAUGUGAUUCACCGGUGGUCAUGGCCCUGGUUGAUGGCCCAACAGGAGAGAAUGAUCACAUGAUCUGUGUGGCCUACAGACAUCAGUUUGACUUGAUCAAUGAGAGUACAGGAGAUGCUUACAGAUUACACCAUGUAGACGCCAACCGGGUGAACUUUGUUGCUGCCAUAGAUGUGUAUGAAGAUGGAGAGGCUGGACUUCUUCUUUGCUAUAACAAUAUCUGUGUCUAUAAGAAGGUGUGUCCGUUCAAUGGAGCAACACCCAUGAUUCAGCCCAAUACUUCAGACUUCCAUUUCAGCUGGAACCAAAUGCCCAAUGCUAUUGUGUGUGCGUUCCCGUAUAUCCUUGCAUUCACCACUGACUCCAUAGAGAUUCGACUAGUUGUUAAUGGAAACCUAGUAUAUACAGCUGUCGUUCCAGAAUUGCAACUGACGGCGUCCAGAUCUGAUAUCUAUUUCAUCUCGUCAGCACCUAUAAACUCUGCCUCCAACUGUAGCUCCAGAGACACUAGUUCCCAGAGUUCCCCUCAGACUCCAACCGGUUACGAGAUGCCUGUCUUCCCUUCGCCGCUUGGAGAUGAUUGUAUUCGGAUCCCCUACGGCACCAAGCUAUCCCUCUACAUGUCUAAAGACUCUGAAGGCGAAGCUCCCUCAAAACACAUCUAUAAGAUCCCAUUGAGCAACCUAGUUGGACGGAGCAUAGAGAGGCCCCUCAAGUCUCCGUUGGUCAAUAAAGUGCUCACGGCACCUGCCUCCAGUGUGAUCGGCCCCACUCCCGUGAUCGCAAGCACAACCUCCCUCUCACUGUCUCGCAUGGAGAUCAAAGAGAUCGCCAGCCGGACACGGAAAGAACUGCUGGGUUUGACUGAGGAACCCAGCAGUAAAGCUGAUGGUAACUCAGUGAAACAGAGAAGAAUGAGCAAGAAAACCAAGGAGGAAGAACAGAGGAGAACAGCAGAGAUAAGCACCACUGAGCAAAAGGGCAGGAGUCUCCCACAAGUGCCAUUUUCUACUGCAGCCGUCAACCACAAGCAGCGCCCUCUAUCAGACUGACCAUGGAUUGCAUAUGUCAUGAGGCAGAAGCAAACAAACACAAAUGCAGAACACAGUUUGGUCACUACAUCUGGUAAAUGUGCAGCUGUUUACUAUGCUGACAGUAUGAGCUUUGAUCCAUGAACAUCUUCAUUUACAAGCGCACACAGUCAAACGCAGUCUUUAUUUAAGUGCUGUUGCUUCUUGAAAAGGGCUCUGGAUCACCUGCAUGCCUCCAUUCAAACCCACUAUUAAACAAAAGGGAUUUGAUGUAUUAAUGGUUUAGAAUUAGGAUGUAUUUACUCUUCUCAUGGAUUUGGUACAAAUUGAAAAAAAAAAAAAAAACUCUAGGAAUUAAAGCCAGGGUUAAUUAGAUUACAUCUCUGACUCUGGGUUAUACAGCCAAAAAAAAAAAAAAACCUUCACCAAUAUCUUUGUCUUGUUUUCUAGUAGAAUCUAAACAUCUUAAAACGAGAUGAAUUUAUGUGAGAAAUAAUUCGAUAUUUAUUUUGGCCCAUUUUUUCUAGAUUUAGGCAUAAACAUAAUAUUUUACACACACACACAUAAUAAAAUAUUUUUUUUUUUACUUAAGAAUAUUCUUAAUAUGAUUAUUUAAAGAUGUUUUUCGAUAGUUUAACUGGAAAACAACACAUAAAUACCGAAUAAAGGUUUUUGCUGUGUAAUAAGAGAACAAGAAUAUUGAUUCUGCUGUUUACAGUUCAAACUCAGAGAUGUUUAAAAAAUGUCAUCACAGUGACACUAGAACACAAGAGCCUCAGGAACAGCACAGAAGGAGGUGUAAGUAUUAAACUGCUUAGCUGAAUGCAUGUACCCCCACUCUCAACCUUUCUCCAUCUGAAUGUGAACUAUUUAACACUAGUAGCAGACUGGACUGUAAAGGGAGAACUUGGGAAUAUUUUUGUAAAUGAAGAGUUUCACAUAGCAUUUAUUUGCAAUUUUGUUGUCUUUGAAGGGAAUAGGUGAGCCAGAGACUGAUGAAAAAUAUAUUUCAUUUUUUGUUUAGUUUUUUUCUAUGGCAUAUUGUCCGUUGUCUUCCCCCUCCUUCUGUUCACUCCCCUAACUGUUUUCACAGUGCUUUUGUAUCUAUAUCGAUAUUAACUGUUUAGACUGUUGCAGAAAUUCUGUGAUAUCAGAAAUUAAACAAAAAUGAAUAAAAAAAAAAAAACACCAAGUGUCUUAAAAUAUUGUAUUGUAAUUGUUUUUAAUGCAGAGUAUUACUUGUAAAUGUUAGUGUUUCGGAUGUGGCCUCAAAAAUAUUACUAUUAUUAUUAUGGCAUUUAUUUGAAAAAGUUCUGUAGCACACUGCUGUAGUUACUGUUCAUCGAUAUGAAAUAAAUAUUAAUGAAAUUUAAACAUGUAGUUUGUGUUUUAACGAGUGCGAGUAGACUACUCACAUGCUUGAUUAUUAAUAACAUAUAUUGACAUCUAUAAUUAUGUUAUGUUAUGUGGUCUCCCAAUGUUGAAGGGUUUCUCCGAGACAGCAAACAGGAGUCUGCAGAGUCAGCAAACUGCUGUCAACAUGAGAGGCCAUCGAUGUUUUAUAAUGACCUCUAGGUGGUAGUGUUGUUGAAUCAAACUGUUCAGCUCAUUCAGCAAUUUAAUCAAUAAGCUACUGAUAUACCUUUAUAGUACCCCUCCCUCCGUGUGUAUUUGA